AUGUCCUGCAAAACAUUGAAUAUUGCCGACUUAAUUGUUGAUGAAAAUUAUCGUGGACAUGGAGUUGGCAAAGUUUUAAUGGAACAUUUAAAGAAAUACGCAAAAGAAAAUGAUUAUGGAGCUUUAGAAGCUCUCACACCAAGGAUGACGACAGAAAAGGCCAAAGAAAGAAUGGCCUUCUACGAGAAACAUGGAUUCUUCCAAGUUGGACCAGGAAUUAUCUGUGAUUUAGAGCCAUUGAACAAUGAUUAA